AUUAGCAUAAUACAUACGAAUAAAAAAAAUAUGUAUUUUUACCCCCUAAGCGAUGUACCGAUCGCGGCUGUGACACUUACAACCGACUAAGAGUUUAACCGAUCUAAUUAUAAUUGUUAUCAACAAUAGAAGUCCGAGUAACUCCGUAUUUAUUAUUCUUUGUAGUUUUGGUUUGACGAUUAUAGUUGGUUUCAAUCUAGAGGGUGUGUAAUUCGUAAAAUAUGGAACCAACAUCGACAUCUUCAGUUGGAAGCAACUCUAGCAAUCUAGAUUCGGAUAUAAACCCGGCCCCGUUUACCGUUGAUAGAGAAGAUCCGAAUCUUGAAAAUUUUCCCAGACUUGUUAAUGCUUACUAUCUUCUGGAUGCAAUUCCCAAUGAUAUAGAGAUUCCGAGAUCUAAGGAAUCCUUAUGGCGAAAAACUCUCUUCAUUAUACGACCAGGGUAUAUAAUUGAUCAUUUGGAUUAUGGAUCAUUUAAGGUUGCUGUGAGAACAUGGCUACAGGUUUGGAUAUCAGCUAUAUUAUGUGCAAUUCCAGGAACAAGUCAUUGGAUGGGUAGUGCUGCUUAUCUUAUGCAAAUCAUAGGAUUUAUUGCUGUUGCUGGUGGUACUCCAAUUAUUAUGAAUAUAUAUAUAUCAUUUGCUGCGAUAUUAUUCAGUUGCUUUGCUUGGGUACAUGCAAUAAUAGCUAUGAAGCUCAACAAUCGAUUCCAUGAUUAUAUCACGCAAGAUCAACUAGCUCGAAAAUUAAUAGAUGAAGGAAGCUGUACAGUAGAUAAUAUUAGUCAAUGUAUGAUUGAUAAUAUCUUUUCAGGUCGUUAUUUACAAGUUAGAUCAGCUGUAGUUUAUUGUUUAGCUAUCAUUACAUGUUUUACAAUAAUGGGGUUAGCUCAAAGUUUACAAAAGACAUUGAGAGUGGCUUUUGUAGCUGGAGUUAUUGCCUUGAUCAUAAAUUGUUGUUAUGGGGUAUUCUUUCCUAUUUUUGAUCCUUUGGAAAUAGGCUUGUCGGUCAUGAAACCAAUGGGGUUAGCUUUUGCUUUGAAAUCUUUCUUAGCAGUAGUGAUAUUUCCAACAACGGCAAGUUUUCAAUAUCUUGAUGGAUCAGCAAAACUACUAAAGGGGUUGAAGAAAGCUUCAGAGAAUCACUUAAGGUUAUUCAAGACUCUCAAACCCUCAGCAGAUAAUUUCUCUGGCUACAAGCAGUAUAGUUCAGAUAUCACCAGUAUUAGAAAUAAAUUGGGUGCCUUGGAGAUAAUGGCAGGCAUGGCAAAACUUGAAGUUUCCUAUGGAAGGUUUGAUCUUGGAGAUCUUGGGGAAUUCAGAUCUCUCUUGAAGAACUUGGUUAGUAUUUCCUCUGGUUAUAACUAUUAUUAUGAAACCUUUAGCCAAAGAAGAAAUUUUGCAUUACAGAUAUUUUCAAAUUAUGCAAGAAGAAGCAGUGCAGCUUCUGUUCAUCGAUCUGAAGUUGGUACAAGAUUUUUGACAACGGUCCUACAUGAGUCUUAUAAGAAAGUUGGAGAAUUUGAAAAUUCAAAUAGAGAAAACUCAUUAAAGAAAAGAUUCUGGAGUAUAGAUCCUAAAGAUAGAGUAACUUUAGAAGAUCUUGACAAUAUCGCCGACUUUAUCAAGGAACACUUUCAAUAUUUGCUACAAGUCUCUGAUGAGGUGUUUCAGUUGCUCAUUGAAUGGUUAUCAGCUGCCAAUAAUUAUAGGACUUAUUCGCUUUUGUUCCCUUCUCAACGCAAGUCUCAUGUCUUAAAGCAAAAGGAGAACCACAAAAGGCUUUUGGCUGCAAAAGAGAAACUUGAACUGGUAAUUGUUGAAGUAUGCGAAAAAGCUUGUUCUCAGGCCCAACUGCAAUUCACUGGUAGAAAUGAAGAGGUCUUAUUAUGCUUAUUGAGUCAGGUUUCUCUUUUCCUUUAUUUGUCAAAAAGGCAUUCUUAUCACUUACUUAAGAUGGUUGACUUAUUUUUGUCAAUUGAUGCAAUAAGACCAGAGCCAGUUUUGAUAACCUGGUUUACCAAUUCAAAGAGGGAAGUUCCCAAGAAUAUAAUGAGAGUCCAUAGUGAUAGUAAUGAAGUUCCUCAAUUUUUAUCUAGUAAUGUUCAAACUCGUGAUCCUGAUUCUUUACCACCAGACAAUUUCAUUCAGGUGCUUGGUAAAUAUUUCGUGAAAGUCUAUUAUUUACUACUUCGUCCUGACAUAUGGUUUUGGAUUAGAUCUGGUAUUUUGGUUUGCGUCGGUGCUACCCCUUAUUUUGUGAGAACAACUGCUAAUUGGUAUUAUUCUAAUAGAUUAAUUUGGCUUGUGAUCAUGAUUGGUGUUUCAACUUCAGAAUCAGUUGGAGAAACUAUGUACGUGAUAUGGUCUAAAUUGUUUUAUUCAUUCUUUGGUUCUUUGUUAGGAUUGGUAGGAUGGUAUAUUUCAGCAGGUCGUGGUCCAGGUAACUACUAUGGUUACUCGGCUGUUACUGCUGUUAUAUACAUAUAUUUAUCGUACUAUAGGCAUUUCUCUAUCCAUUUAACAUUUGUCCCAGCCAUUUUAUUUGCCGUUACAACUGCUUUAGUAUUAGGAACCAGUUGGAUUGACGGUCAAUUCAAUAAACUUGCUAAUGUGGGAGAAGGGUUUCGAGUUGCUUGGAUAAGAUUUGUUAGUGUUGUUAUCGGAUUAACUAUUGGAUUAUUUGCAUGUCUAAUUCCAAAACCUCUUACCAGUAAAUACGAAUUAAGGCAUAUAUUAUCCAAUGUUAUCGAAGAAACUGGCAAUUUACAUUCUGACAUUUCAAGUUUCGCCAUGAAAAGGUUAGAAGAUCCUUCAUAUCAUCUUUCAAGCAGGCAUGAUAAAAUUACCGAAAGGUUAAGAUAUGCAUUGUUGCAGCUAGCUGGAACCUCAAGCUUGAUGGUACCGCUUCAUCAUGAAAUCCCCCUUACUGGGUAUUGGCCAGAAGAGAAAUACCGAAGACUUCAGACUAUAUUAAUAGACAUUACACAACUUUACUUCUACCUAUUUCUGAUUUUUAAUCUUAUUGAAGAUCCCAAAAAGUGGAAUCGAAAGAUCCUUCGUAAAGUUGGUUGGACCAAUAGCUCAAUUGUUGCAGAUAUAUUCACCAUACUUCAUAUGUCAGCCGAUGCUCUAAAGACUUGCAAUUCUUUACCUAAAAUAACAAGUUCUAAUACUUCACUAAAACACAUAGACUCUUUGAUGCACCAAUGGGGUAUUAAUCGAAUUUCAAUUAAUGAACGAUUUUAUCGUGAUGAUGGUAAUCUUGACUCAGGAUUAAGAAGUACCUUAAAGGAUUCAACUAAUGAUUCUAAUCUUGAUUACAAUACAUUCUUCUCGCAUGAUGGUCAGUUAUUAGUAGUUUCAUUACUAUUUGCUCAUAUGAUAUACAAAAGGCUUGAUGAAUUAAUGAUCCUUAUUAAGGGUCUAGUCGGUGAAAAGUUUGAUUAUGAUUCUUCAAUCUUUGAGGACGAAGAGUAUAAUGAUGAAACUACUGAAUAAUUUUUAUUCAUUUAUUUAUUUAUUUAUUUAUUAUACAAUUAAUUAUUAUCUAAAACCU